UCCGGCUUAGGAGCGCUCGGGUUUGGUUGCCUUCCUCUUGCAGAAAACCCUAGGUCGGCCGCCAGGUCUGGGAGACGUUUCUCCUUGUUUUCCGACUCUGCCCGUGGGAGUCUUCGAGAAGGCGGGGAAGAAGGCCGGGUGACGGGCCUUUCAGCGUCUGAGGUCCCGGCUCGCGCCCGCGCCGCGCUGCAGACUCGCCCUGCGGUCACUUGGCGCAGCGGCAUUGAUAGAAGUGGAAAGUGAUGCACUGAAGCGAGAGAGGGCCUUCCCCUGACCGCUCACCCAUGGACCUCCAAAACCUUGCAGAUUUCUGUAGUUGGUAGACGCUCGUACCCGGCCCUUCAGCGGAGGAGGGCUUAAAUGUUGGAGAAGAGUAGGAACUAAAAUUUGAAGGGACUUCGGUGUAUUUCCAAAAGAGUUUUGACCACUGUUCAACACCGACAGCGUGGGAUUUGUGAUCGUCUCCCGCCAUCCUGGGGUCUCAACAUGUACUUCCCUUCUUGGCUAAGUCAACUAUGCAGGGGUUUAUCCCGACCUAUCGGAAGGACCACCCAGCCAACCUGGGGUUCUUUCUCCCGAAGUCUGGCGCUGAGUUCACAGAGGAGAAUUCCAGAAUUCAGUAGCUUUAUUGCCAGAACCAACACAUGUGGAGAGUUGCGUUCUUCUCACUUAGGCCAAGAAGUCACCUUGUGUGGAUGGAUUCAGUAUCGAAGGCAAAACAUCUUCCUAGUCCUAAGGGAUUUCCAUGGUCUUGUUCAAGUUGUCAUUCCCCAGGAUGAGUCAGCUGCCUCUGUAAAGAAGAUUUUAUGUGAAGCUCCUCUGGAAUCUGUGGUGCAAGUCUCUGGAACAGUCAUUUCCCGACCUCCAGGACAGGAAAAUCCAAAAAUGCCAACAGGUGAAAUAGAAAUCAAGGUUAAAACAGCUGAGCUUUUGAAUUCCUGCAAGAAGUUGCCGUUUGAAAUUAAGGACUUUGUGAAGAAAACAGAAGCCCUGCGUUUGCAGUAUCGCUACUUAGACCUGCGUAGUUUCCAAAUGCAGUACAACCUGCGACUGAGGUCCCAGGUGGUCAUGAAGAUGCGGGAAUAUCUUUGUAAUCUGCAUGGGUUUGUGGAUAUAGAAACCCCAACAUUGUUUAAGAGGACCCCAGGGGGUGCCAAAGAGUUUCUAGUACCAUCCAGGGAACCUGGAAAGUUUUACUCUCUCCCUCAGAGUCCUCAACAGUUUAAGCAGCUUCUGAUGGUUGGUGGUUUAGACAGAUACUUUCAGGUUGCCCGAUGUUAUCGAGAUGAAGGUUCAAGACCAGACAGGCAGCCCGAAUUUACUCAGAUUGACAUAGAAAUGUCUUUUGUAGACCAGACUGGGAUCCAGAGUUUAAUUGAGGGUCUGCUCCAGUAUUCCUGGCCCAGUGACAAAGACCCUUUGGUGGUUCCUUUUCCUUCCAUGACCUUUGCUGAGGCAUUGGCUACCUACGGAACUGAUAAACCUGACACUCGCUUCGGGAUGAAGAUUGUCGAUAUCACUAAUGCAUUCAGAAACACAGAGGUCAGAUUUCUUCAAGAUGCACUUAGUAAGCCCCAAGGAACUGUCAAAGCCAUGUGUGUCCGUGAAGGCGCAAACUACUUAAAAAGGAAAGACAUUGAAUCCAUUAGAAAAUUUGCAGCUGACCAUUUUAAUGAGGAAGUCUUACCUGUAUUCCUAAAAGCCAAGGAAAACUGGAAUUCACCAGUUGCUAAAUUCAUACUGGAGAAACAAAGAUUGGAAUUAAUUAGACUAAUGGAGAUUCAAGAAGAUGAUGUAGUCCUACUGACUGCUGGAGAACACAAGAAAGCAUGUUCUCUGUUGGGAAAAUUACGACUAGCAUGUGCUGACCUUCUGGAAAUGAAGGGUAUGGUGCUUCGUGACCCAGCCCUGUUCUCCUUCCUUUGGGUGGUAGAUUUCCCACUCUUUCUUCCCAAGGAGGAAAAUCCCAUGGAGCUGGAGUCAGCCCACCACCCAUUUACUGCUCCCCACCCUGGUGACAUUCACCUCCUGUACACUGAACCUGAAAAGGUUCGCAGCCAACACUAUGAUUUGGUUUUAAAUGGCACUGAGAUUGGAGGAGGUUCCAUCCGAAUUCACGAUGCAGAGCUACAGCAUUACAUCCUGGCGACACUACUGAAGGAAGAUGUGAAAUUGCUGUCCCAUCUGCUCCAGGCUUUAGAUUAUGGGGCACCCCCUCAUGGAGGAAUUGCCUUAGGACUAGACAGACUGAUGUGCCUUGUCACCGGAGCUCCAAGCAUCAGAGAUGUCAUAGCCUUCCCAAAAUCCUUCCGGGGACACGACCUCAUGAGCAAUGCCCCAGAUUCUGUCCCUCCUCAGGAACUGAAGCCCUAUCACAUCCGGGUGUCCUGGCCAGCAGACUCAGCAGCAGAAAGGAGCUCAUCGAGUCAUUCACACCAUCCAGAAAGUUGAAUUUGAGUUUUGUCCUCUACGCUUCACCAAGGCUAAAAUCAAAUCUGGAUCUGUCACUCAUCUGAAGUCUGUAGGUGAAUGUAACCCAGGCAGGAUUCUUCACGAUAACAUAUCCAAAUUUGACAAUAUGCUUUUUCUGUUUGGGACUUUUUUGUAAGUUCCUUUUUACUUGGGAGUUUUAAAAAAAAAAAAUGACUCUUAUUGGAGUAAUAUAGUGGCUUAGUGUUUUCUAAUCAUGUUUUUCAUGUCUAUAUGGUAGAUUUACUCAGGGCAGGCAAUCAAAUCAUAUAGGAAAAUGCUUGUCUCUAUGGACUGUCAGUUGAUGGAGGGUUCCAAUUCAUCCAGCCCUGAUCACAUUUCAACCAUCAACAUAAUGCAGUAAAGUAGUAUAAUUUAAUGCACACACUCAUAAGUCCGUGUUUCACAUUGAGCGAAUUAUAUAGCCCCCCCUUAUUUAUGUAUGUUACUUCAUAGGGCUUUAGUAAAGAGAAAAAGGAUUUAUGAAUCAGUAUUCUGUAUCUCUCAGUUCUUAAGGAUAAUCAUUAGUCCCUGAAUAUUUUCUUUCAGUUAUAAAUACUGACCCUAGACCAACCUCAAAUAUAAAAUAUGUGAUUUUUAGUUGAUAAAAAUAAAAUCUUUAAUU